ACACACACACACACACACACACACACACAGAGUUUUCCUAUUAUGUACUCAAGCAGUAGGUUGAAAGACUUGAUACAGUUCACACGUCGUUUUUCUAGUGCAUUCUCGUGUGAGUGUGUCUGGUGUCACAUGAGAGAAGCAGGUGUGCUGUAAGCUGACAACAGUUUUGGGCACCUUCUGCCUCGCGCCUUCCUCCCUCCCGUCUCCCGGAGUCUACACACCUGCACUCUUGAGGCUGCUGGCGAGAGGAACUGUCGUCCCAAGCCCUCCACCAUGGCCGCCGCUCCGAAAGUUUGCGUCCGUCGCAUUAAGCUUAUCUGUCUCAUGGAGAACGCAGGCAAGGACGUCUUGACCUUCGUGCUGAAGCGCGGCGCGCUGAACGCCCCCGCCACGCCGCCGGGCCAGUCCCUCACUGACUACCUUGACAACCUCCCUCAAGGCUCGACAGCCAACUAUGGCAGCAUGAGCAACAAACAAAAGAAAGCAGCAGUGAACAACACCGACCGCCGCCAAGCACAACGCUUCCCUUUAUGGGACAACUUUGAUGUGACUUUAUUGUACAAAGCAAUAAAGCUGACGUGCGAAGGCCUGGCGAGAGAUGGCGAUCCCGAAUGGGGGAACCAGAACACCCUGGAGGGAUUGGUAACGAAAAUCAAGGAUGAGCGGAAUGAACUCUUUCAUGAAGUGAAAUCUUUCAGCGAGGCAGAGUACCAGCACAAAGUCAACGAGUUAGAACACCUCUUUAUCCGAGUCCUCGCCGCAGCCAAGACCAAAUACUGCAUUCCUGACGCAGAGGUAACACCCGGGCAGGACAACGCCCGGCAGGUCACUGAUACCUUCAGAAAAACAGGAAUGGAGAAAGAAAUUUUAAAAGAUUAUUUCAGUAUGAUGCACCAAGAAUUUAUGAGAGACAGUCAGACCCACCUCAAAACAUCCUAUGAUCGAAUGCAAACCUUCGAUCCUCUGUCCUUCCUUACCAACUCACCAAAACACUGCCAUCACAUCCAGGACAUUUUCUGCAAGAUGUCCCUCGUGGAAGGAAGAGGACACCUCCAACAGAGGCGAGACAUGGACACUUGCGACGUGCUGACGGUGACGCGCCGCGCGGGACAGAAUCCACAGCCGUCCACAUCCUCAUCGGCCACGCCGCCCACGCACGGCGCCAAGCCACAGCUCAUCCUGAUCAGGGGCGUGGCAGGAAGCGGCAAAACGACCCUGCUCACCUUCCUUGUCUCAGAGUGGCUUCAGGAGCCCGGCGCCUGCACCAUCAAACACCUGGACGAGUACGACAUCGUGGUGCGUGUCUUGUGCCGCAAUGAUGAAGGCUCAUCUCUCCAGAACUUCCUCAAAGUGAUCCUCCCAAACCAUUUUGCUGUGAUGGACGAACACCUCAUCCCCCUCCUACAACAAUGCAAGGUUCUCUUCCUGAUUGACGGCCUGGACGAACUGUCGCCAGGCACUCCAUCACACAGCCUUGUGAAGGACAUCAUCAAUAUCUCGAAAUACUCGCCAGGCUUCACACUCGUCUGCACAUCGCGGCCCGAAACCAUACAAGACUUCUUGGCCAAAUUACCUGAUGGUUAUGAGGUGUGGGACAUGGAGAUGAGAAGUGUUAGCCAUGAACAAAGAAUUCAUUUUGUCAUGAAGCAUUAUGACAGCUUCCCAGACAAGGGGGACAAAGACCCUGAGAGGCUUGAGUACCUCAUGAAACAGAUAGGCUGGAAGGAUUACCUCGGCCUGCCCUUGAACCUGCAUUUUAUUGCAUGGUUGUUUUAUUUGAAUGUAGACAACAUCAAGGUCACCACCACCCAGACCAGCCUGUACGUCACCAUUCGAGACUGGUGCAUAGAAAAACUGCAGGCCAGACUCACAGACCAUUCACUAGACAUACAGACUCGUGAGGUCCACAUCUACAAGGUAUUGGAAGACCUAUAUGACGUAUCUAUGCAGGCUAUUCUAGAAGCCCGACUCACUCUGUCAAAACAGGAAGAGCAGAAGCUAAUUUGUUCCUGUCAUGAGAAAGGAUUACCCAGCAAGGAAGUCAUCCCAGCGUUUUUCAAUCUUCAAGACACCAGUGACAGGCUGGGGCAUCAUCAGAAGUACGCAGCCCCACACAAGAGCCUACAGGAAUUCUACGGUGCAUCAGCAAUCGUCCACAAGCUGGUAGAGGGCUCACACUCAGCAAACAUACGGCGCAUGCUUCACGACCCGCCGCCAGAACAGCUCCGGAACUUGAGGAACCUGCUGCUGCACGUGGCAGGUCUCCUCUGCCACCCUAACACACCACUUUGUGCUGCAGCCAUACAAGAGGUGGUGGACCUGCUGGCGGAGACUGGUGUGAAAGAUUGUGAUGAUUGGCUGUCCAUGCUGGAGGACACUGAAGUGAACAGGACUGCCUUGGAUUGUGUUGUCAGACACAUUACAAGUGAUGAGAGGGAGAUAGUAACAAUAACAGACAGCACCAUCACCAGUGCCAGGGCCCUCCUCCCCCUCAUCCCCUCCAAGGAGGUACGGAUAGAGCUAAGCAGGAAGGAAUCAGACGUGCAGGGGCUCAUCUUUGAACACCACAAAUGCACUGUGCUGUACCUGGACCACCAAUACAUGCAUCCAGACCAAGCCACUCUCUGUGACUCCUUGCUGCGUGCCAUGCCCAGGAGUCACCUUGAGUGGUUCAGGGGUCACCUAAGUGGUGCCGGCACACAGCUGCUGCAGGAGUACCGGGGCCUGGGGGGGCUCCGCCUGGCCGUGUGUGACCAAGACGCCCAAGAGGUUCUGGCCGCCAUCAGCGCCGUCCACGCGUCGCUGCCUCAGCUACGCACCCUCUGCCUACACGUCCCCGUGGGUGCCGUGAGGACACAGGCGUGCACCACACGGCUGCCUCGCUGCCCACGGGUGACCCUCGUGUUGUCUGGCGUGGACGAGAGGCUGCUGGAGGAGGCGGCCCAGAUAGCACAGCUCCUGCAGCCCACAGAGGACCCAUACUUCAGCAUCAGGUUCCCCGGCAGCAGCAUGAAGGCAGAUGUGUGGCGGCGCUGCCUUCACAAGCUGGCCAAUGCCGGCGUCACGGUGCGUGGUGGUGAUGGUAUUGCAGCACCGGACACCAGCCCCAUCACGGAGGAGGAGGAGACGGAGCUGCACACCCUUGCCAGCACCACGAUGUUGUGUACCUUCAACAGAGAGCCUGAAGAAGACCUGUGGCAGUACCUGUAAUCCCCGGGACGGUCAGACUCAUCGGUGCUGGAAGUGCAUCCACUCACGAAGCAAACACCUGGGCUGCAUUUAUCCUACUGCAUUGUGUGUGUACAAGUCUACAGUGUGGCGCUCUCUCUCUCUCUCUCUCUCUCUCUCUCUCUCUCUCUCUCUCUCUCUCUCUCUCUCUCUCUCUCUCCGAUGAUUCAAAUUAUAUUCCUAAGUUCGUUAGAAUUCUUAAGUCUUGAUUCUCUCUCUCUCUCUCUCUCUCUUUCUCUGAUGAUUCAAAUUAUAUUCUUAAGUUUGUUAGAAUUCUUAAGUCUUGAUCUCUCUCUCUCUCUCUCUCUCUCUCUCUCUCUCUCUCUCUCUCUCUCUCUCUCUCUCUCUCUCUCUCUCUCUCUCUCUCUCUCUCUCUCUCUCUCUGAUGAUUCAAAUUAUAUUCUUAAGUUUGUUAGAAUUCUUAAGUCUUGAUUCUCUCUCUCUCUCUCUCUCUCUCUCUCUCUCUCUCUCUCUCUCUCUCUCUCUCUCUCUCUGAUGAUUCAAAU